UUUCGGCACCAUUUAUUUAUAGACGGAUCACGAUUGUCCAUGACAAGGUCUCAGGGUUGUGCUUGAUAAGUGAUUUGUUAAUAAACAUGGGAGACGCGGAAGACGAUGAGGUCGGCGAGUCGGAUGCAAGGCUCCUUUUCCUUUUCCAAUACCUGAACAAGUCAUUGAGAUUCAAAGUGGACAAGUGGCACAAAAUGAUGGCAUCUGAAGAAGCGAAGACGGUCAACGAUUUUUUGAACGACCCAAAAGUCGACAGGUUAAUUAUUUCUAUCAGCCCUACAGGAAACCUUUUACCUUCAGUCCUUUUUCCUUUGAACCUGAAAGGCAAAUCGUGCUACUUCAUCAAAAGAAAUCACGUCCCUCUCACAAUGGAUAAUAUAAGGGACACUCUCAUUUUUGGUGACAUGGCGCCAAAACCUUUGGAACAGCUUUCUGUUUUAUUAGAAGAAAUUUUUGUUCCCAUGUUGACUUCGGAUAAAAACAGAGAGAAAUGGCCCAAAGCGGUAGGUGAAGACAUCAAAAAGAGAGUUUUAGAUAUGAAAGACAUGGUCUACAGAGUGAAAGGAGAAGUAUACGGAAGAACUCUGCUUCCAAUGCCGCAAGGAAUGGAAAAAGUCGCAGAAGAAGUCAAAAGGCUUCAAACCAAAUUGGAAAAACACUGGGAUAUGGAAAUGAGGUGCACGAUAGAAAGCACAGUGCUUCGUUGGUCCAAUCAACUUUACGAAGUGCUCAAGCAGUCUUCAACUUCUGCUUUCGACGAAGAGGAAAACCCCAUGCCUGAAACAGAAUUCACUUUUUGGUCGACAAGGUGUAUGAACCUCACUGGCAUAUAUCAGCAGUUGAGAGACCCCAGGGUGAAGAAAAUGGCCAUGGUUCUCGAAUUGACAGAAAGCGCCUAUUUCCCAUGUUUCCAGCAGCUUUUCAAAGAUGUGGUUUCAGCAUUGAACGAAGCCAGGGAGAUCGACAGAUACCUCAAAACGAUAGUACACUUCGUCGAAAAGCUGAGGGAAAUCCCGUUCAACGAAGCCGAAUCUGAAUUUCUUCCAUUCGUCCACACAAUCGGUUUGAUCUGGGUCAAUUGUCCAUAUUUUGGCACUUCGGCAAAACUGGCGAUCCUUCUGAAGGAAAUUUGCAACAUGCUCAUGGCUGAAGCUAAUAAACUUCUAGAUCCACCGUCAUUAUUCAUGGGUGAAAUAGAAGAAGUGCUUCCUAAGUUAUCAAAAGUAAUUUCAAAUCUCUUGAUGUUCAGGAGAAUUGUUGUUAGAUAUCAAAAAGAAGUAGUGAAAUUGUUUCCUCCAGGAAGACAGGCAUUCCCUUGGAUCUUUGACAACAGCCAGGUCUUCCACAAGUAUAAUAAAUAUGUAAAGCGGCUUAAUUUAAUCAAGGAAUUGUUUGAAACUACAUUUGAGUAUAUGAAGCUUGAAAAGGUCGAAGUAGGUGGACACAGGGCAGAUUCAUUGAGCAAGCGUUUAACCAACAUAUUUGAUGGCUUCACCCAGCUUUACUCGAAUUUUACAAAUAUAGAUUACGAUCCGACAGACAUCAAAAACGGUGGGUUCACAAAAGACUACGGCCAAUUCAAAGAAGCGAUACUCGACUUUGAUCGUAGGCUUGCUGCAGUCGCCAGCCUCAGCUUUGACGACACGACAAACUUUGAGCAGAUCUUCAAGAUGAUCAACGUAUUCGGAGGGCUUCUUUUAAGGGAUGAGGUGAAGAAGGAGAUUGAACCCAAAUACGGAAAAAUCAUCACACUGUUUGAACAAGAAGUGAAAAUUGUAGAGGAAAUUUUUGAAGAGCAGAGCAAAGUUUAUAAGAAGUUAGGUUGCGUCGAUGUACCACAGAAUUGGCCACCGGUUGCAGGCACCAUUCUCUGGGUGAAAAGUCUGAAAAAGAGACUUUUGUUCCCGCUGAACUACAUAAUAUCAUUCGAACAUCCAGUAACAAAAAGUGAAUAUGCAGAAAUGACAAAGAAUGAGGCUAAGAAGCUCCUUCAGAGGCUCGACAAUCUCGAAGAUGAUGUAUUCAUCAAGUGGAAAGAACGGGUACCACUUGAUAUUGAAAAACAUCUUCAGGACAGCCUGCUGAAAUUCCAAAAUGGGAAAAUGAUUCAACUGAAUUUUGAUCAAAAGUUGUCACAAGCUUUGAAAGAAGUGAGAUAUUUAAAAAUGAUUGAAGUUGAAAAUCUUCCUCAAGCUGCUCUUGACUUUUUUGAAAGGAAUGAUGAGUUUCACAACUGGAACAUGACGCUUACAAAAAUUACACAAUGGUAUAAUAAAAUGAGGGAGAGGUCCAAACCGGAAGAGUUUGACAUAGUUGAGGAUGAAAUAUCAGUAAUCGAUGAUCUCAUCCAACGAAUGAUAAUGUACAACAAUUGGAACAGUCCAGAAAACGACAAGUGCAUACAGCAGUUGUAUGACAUCGUCUGGCAACUCACUGACCGUAUGAACCAGGCCCAGGACAAUCUUCAAAAAAUAAUAUCAUUGAUGAACCAAUGGAAUUUUCAGCCUUUGUACAAUCGAAGCAAAGGAAAAAGUGAUGAACUGCUCGUUUACACAGAUAUGAUGGAAAUAAAUAAAAGAUAUAAUGAGAUUAUCGAAAAUGGCCAAAUUGUGUACGAACUGAUCAAUAUCAACUUCAAACUGCUUCACAAUUUGCCUCAGGAUGUAAAUGAGGUGUUGAUAGAAGACGUCCUGGAUGAGGACAAACUGAAAACUGCUGAAGAAGAUGAGGAAACAAACGAUGACCAGGAUUGGGGCAGCAGUGGGCAAUUGAUUCCUGACAAUGAAGACACACUCGUCACAAAGGAAGAUACAGUACGCUUGGAAAAAACAUCGGCUGAAAAUAGCCAGAGGAAAUCUGAUGCGAGUGAAGACGAUCCAGAGUUGAAAAGGCUAAUCGAUUUGACGGAGAAGUUUAAAAAAUAUGAUAAAAACAAUGAAAAUGAAUUCAGUAAUCUCAUUAAGGGAUCAUUGAUGAAUAUCCAACAUUUCUACACAAAAGAGAAAAUAGAAGUUGAAAAACAAACAAAAUCUUUAGAAGAAAAACAAAUUAGGCUGAUUAAUGAUUUAUUGGAUGUUGAUGAAAAGAAACAGUCAUCCUGUACGGGCAAAAUUCCGACUAAAGAAUCGAUUGAGGCCAUGUUGGAACUUACCUCUUACGAAGAACUGUGUGUUAAAUCAAGAACCAACAAAUUCUCUGAGUCAUUCAACGAGCCAGAUAUUAUAGGUAAUACUGAAGAAGAACAAGACGAUGAUAUAGAAGAAAAUGCUGAUUUAAAUGAAAGGCCUUCUGAUCGUGCCAAAAAAAUCAACGAGUUGUGGAAAAAAGAAAGAAACACCAAGAUGAAGCAUGUCAAAGAUAAGCUGAUCCCAAGCCACCCUGCAGUCACGCGUAAAGCAAAAUUGGAAUUGAAAAAGAAGAAACAAAAAGAGAAAGAAUUGGUUUUCAAAAGGCACAAAAAAUUGCUGGAAAUCUGGUCCAAGUGGUACAAGGAAAUGGAAAAGCAUAAAGUUAGUGUGAAGAAAGUCGAUAAAGGAAGCCAGGCUGCUGAAUGUGUAGAAGAAGAAAAAGAUGUUAAGGACACAAUCGACCUAGAAGAAAGACACAAUGAAACAAACAAAGAGAAAAAGAUUAGUUUGGCUGGUAUUGAACUAAGAAAGAGUUUUGCACAAAGUCAUCAAAACAAAAAUCAACAAACUGUCCACUCUUUGACUAUAGAGAAAACACCUUUGGAAAUAUAUUUGGAAUUCAUUGAUAGUAUUGUAGAAAACCCAGUCAAGCUUUUAAAAUGGGACAGAUAUCUUGACAUGGUCGAUAACAUAGUUGAAAAGGGCCUUCUUCAUGCCGUAGGAGCUGCGGUUGGAUUCUUCAUUGAUCAAAUGGAGCCGAUUUCUCGUCACGGGGCUCUUUUUGAAGUAAAAAUGCUCCUAAAGGAGCCUGAAAUUACAUUUGAUCCUGUUAUGGUGGCCGACAAAAACAACCCAAACUCACUGCUUGGCAUAAUGGAGAUGAUCAUGCAAGACAUAAAUGCUAUGGCACUUCUUGUUCCAAGAAUAUCAUUUAACAAACAGGAAAAAACAUACAUGGAUGACAUACUCAAACAUGAAGAUAUUUUCAUCAUGGAGUCUGAAGCGAUGCAGAGAUGCGAUCAAGUGAUUUCAAAGACUGAGCACUUUGUCAAACCGUACUACAAGUACGAAUACCUCUGGAGUGAGUGCAUGUCAGAACAUUUACGCCAGUUUCUCAGAUAUUCUAAAAUUUUGACAUCAGAUGAAUUGGAAAAAGAAGACAAGAUUGAUGAAGAAGAGGUUCCUCUUCUACCAGAUAAACCACCAACGAAUGAAGAUUUUAGAAAAAUGAUUGAUUCUUAUGAUGAUCUUUUUAAAGACAUCUCUGACAUGAAAAGCGAGAAAAUGAUAUCAAGUUGGGUAAAAAUUGACAUGAGAUUCUUUAAAACAUCACUGCUCAACACCUGCGGAAAAUGGGGAAUGCUUUAUAAGCAGUACAUCAUGGAUGACAUCAUUAACAAGUUGGAAGAGUUAGACCAAUUCAUUAAUAAUGCAAGAGAAGGGUUGAACAAACAAUUGUGCAAAGGUGAUUAUGACAGCCUUGUCGGCAUCAUGGGAUACCUGCUGAAAGUGAAGCAAAGACUAGAGGAAACAGACUUCAUGUUUGACCCUAUAAUUGAAGUCAUGGCCUUGCUCAAAUCCUAUGGCAUCGAACUUCCAGAUCGUGUCUAUAACUUACUUUCAGAAUUGCCUGAGAGAUGGGACUUACUUAAGAAAUUGGCUUCACAAGUUCGAGCUGCAGCAACGCCUCUCAUACAAGAAGAGUCGAUCACAAUAAGAAGGCGCCUUGCAUUUUUCGACGUCCGUCAGAAUAUUUAUAGAAACAAGUUUAAAAAUAAAGAUUUUUUCAGUUGGGAAUGCCCAGAACCUUAUUGGGAAAUUGACAAGGCGCACAAUGAAGUGUGCAACCUUGAGGAACUUUGCGUCAAGUUGGCAGAGCAGGCCAGCCUUUUUGAAGUCCUUGUCCCUGAAUUCAAAGUCCUCAAGCAAAUCAGAAAAGACACCAAGCUUCUUAAGAUCAUAUGGGAUUAUAUUCUUACCAUCCGAGCGUGGAUCCAUGAGUGGGAGAGUACAGAAUGGAAGAAAAUUGAUUCAGAAAGCAUGGACAUGGAGUUGAAAAAAUUCUCAAAGGAGAUUCGAAUGCUAGAUAAAGAUAUGAGAAACUGGGACAUAUAUUUAAAGCUUGAGAACAUAAUUAAAAACAUGAUAACGGCAUUAAGGGCAAUCACAGAAUUGCAGAACCCGGCGAUCCGUGACCGGCACUGGAAGCAGCUGAUGGCGGCCACAAAGGUUACACUUUACAAAUAUUACGAGGUUUCUCAACGGCAUCAGGUUAUGUUCAUAAUCGACCAGUCUACUACUCUCAAAGACCUUCUUGAUUUAAAUUUAUAUAAAUAUGAAGAGGAAGUUAAAACAAUAGUCGAUAAAGCGGUUAAAGAGAUGAGCAUGGAAAAAACGCUAGGCGAAUUGGCCAGCAUCUGGUCCACCAUGGAGUUUGAGUACGACAACCAUCCUCGGUCGGGUUACAGCAUUCUCAAAGUGAGCGAAGAGAUAAUCGAGACAUUGGAGGAAAAUCAAGUGCAACUGCAAAACAUGCUGAGCUCCAAGUACAUUGCUUAUUUUUUGGACGAAGUGUCUGACUGGCAAAGACAGCUCUCUAAUGCCGAUCAGGUCAUUCAUACCUGGAUAGAGGUACAGAGGACUUGGAUGUAUCUUGAGUCGAUAUUCAUCGGCUCGGAUGAUAUCCGGAGGCAGCUACCUCAAGACUCCAACACUUUUGACACAGUUGAUAAGGAUUUCAAGAUUAUGCUCAAAGAAAUAUCCUCUAUUCCAAACGUCAUCAAAGCCUCGUGCAGACCAGGACUCCAGGAUAAACUGGAACAUCUGCAAAAAGAUUUGACAACAUGCGAAAAAGCUCUGGCACAGUAUUUGGAAACGAAGCGUCUCGCAUACCCAAGGUUUUACUUUGUUUCAUCGGCAGAUCUUCUUGAUAUUUUGUCAAACGGGAACCAGCCUUUGCUAGUCUGCAGACACUUAACAAAACUUUAUGACUCAAUUGCUAAUUUAAAAUUUAUCGAGGAGAAUAACAUGGCUACUAAUAUAGCUGAAGGGAUGUGGGCGAAAGAUGGAGAGUUUGUAAAACUGAGCAUGACCUGUGACUGUUCUGGUCAGGUUGAAAAAUGGCUAAACACUGUGACAGAUGUUAUGCGUAAGACAGGACGACAUUACUGCAAACUGGCUGUUAACACUUAUGAUGACAAGCCAAGGGAGCAGUGGGUUUUUGAUUUCCCGGCCCAAUCGGCUUUAUGCGGAACGCAGAUAUGGUGGGCAGCGGAGGUCACAGCCGCAUUUAUGAAAUUAGAAGAAGGCUAUGAAAACGCCCUGAAAGAUUAUCAAAAGAAACAAAUUCAACAGCUCAACCAUCUCAUCAACUUAUUGCUGGGUGAACUCUCAGAUGGAGACAGGCAAAAGGUGACCACAAUUUGUACAAUUGACGUCCAUUCGAGGGACGUGGUCUCGAAGCUAAUAUCACAGAAAGUUGAGAGCAGCUUGGCCUUCCAAUGGCAGUCACAGUUACGACACAGAUGGGACAGUAAGCUGGAAGAUUGUUAUGUCAACAUUUGUGAUGCACAGUUUUUAUACGACUAUGAAUAUCUCGGGAAUACUCCUAGACUCGUCAUAACACCUCUCACUGACAGAUGUUAUAUAACUUUAACUCAGUCUCUUCAUCUUGUGAUGGGAGGAGCACCAGCAGGACCUGCCGGCACAGGGAAAACAGAAACAACCAAAGAUCUAGGGAAAGGUCUUGGAAUUAUGGUAUACGUUUUCAACUGCUCUGAACAAAUGGACUACAAGUCUUGCGGCAACAUUUACAAAGGCCUGUCGCAGACUGGCGCUUGGGGCUGCUUUGACGAAUUCAACCGCAUAUCGGUCGAAGUGCUGUCAGUCGUCGCUGUUCAGGUCAAAGCAGUGCUCGAUGCUAUCAAGAAGAAAAAGAGCAAAUUCAAUUUUCAGGGUGAAAUCAUAUCGUUAGUCCCGACAGUUGGAAUGUUUGUGACAAUGAAUCCUGGAUAUGCCGGAAGAGCAGAACUACCGGAAAACCUCAAAGCACUUUUUAGGCCUUGUGCAAUGGUAGUUCCUGAUUUUGAGCUAAUCUGUGAAAUAAUGCUUAUCGGGGAAGGGUUCCAAGAAGCAAGAGUGCUUGGAAAAAAAUUCCUAACGCUCUACUCACUUUGCAAAGAACUUUUGUCCAAACAAGACCACUAUGAUUGGGGCUUACGAGCAAUCAAAUCUGUUCUAGUAGUCGCUGGAAAGCUUAAGAGCUUGGAUAAGUUACGGGGUGAUAGGAACCGUCCAGAGGACCAAGUCCUCAUGAGGGCCCUCAGAGAUUUCAACAUUCCCAAGGUUAUCACGGAUGAUCUGCCAAUCUUUUUAGGCCUCAUUGGAGACCUUUUCCCCGCUUUAGACGUCCCUCGGAAACGCGACAUGGAUUUUGAGAAGCAAGUGAGGCAGGCGGCAAUUGAUAUGAAACUCCAACCUGAAGAGGGUUUUGUUUUAAAGAUUGUACAAUUACAAGAGUUAUUUGCAGUGAGGCAUUCUGUCUUUAUAAUUGGUAAUGCCGGUACUGGAAAAUCCAUGGUAUGGAAGGCACUGUAUAAAACGUAUGUCAAUAUGAAGAAAAAGCCACAUUAUAAUGACCUUGAGCCGAAAGCUGUUACGAACAAUGAGCUUUUUGGUAUCAUCAAUCCACAAACUAGAGAAUGGAAGGAUGGGUUGUUUUCUGUACUGAUCAGAGAGCAAGCCAAUAUGGGUGGUGAUGGACAAAAGUGGAUGGUGAUGGAUGGUGAUAUCGACCCGAUGUGGAUCGAGUCACUCAAUACAGUCAUGGAUGACAAUAAAGUUUUGACAUUGGCAAGCAAUGAACGAAUCGCACUCACUUCUUCGAUGAGGCUUCUUUUUGAGAUUUCCAAUUUGAGAACUGCAACUCCAGCCACAGUCUCCAGGGCUGGAAUUCUCUACAUCAACCCGACAGAUUUAGGAUGGAAUCCCUAUGUAGCAAGUUGGAUUGACACGAGGAAGCAUGAUGUUGAGAAAGCUAACCUUACCAUGCUAUUUGACAAGUAUAUACCUACGAUCAUUGAAGCUUGUCGUACAAGGUUCAAAAAAAUAACACCGAUACCAGAAAUCGCUCACAUUCAGAUGCUCUGUACUCUGCUUGAGGUAUUGCUUGAACCACCCAACAUCCACAUCGAUUGCCCAAAAGAAUGGUAUGAGAUCUACUUUGUGUUUGCCAGUAUCUGGUCAUUCGGCUCGGCAUAUUUCCAAGAUCAGCUUGUGGACUGGAGGUGCGAGUUUUCCAAAUGGUGGGCAAGUGAAUUCAAAGCGGUCAAAUUUCCGCCUGAAGUGCCACAGGUUGAACAGGUCUUCAACUACUUCAUCGACCCGGAGACGAAGAAAUUCGUUUUAUGGACUGAAAAACUCACAAAAUUCGAACUCGAUUAUGAUAUUCCAUUACAGUCAACGCUUGUGAACACUGCGGAAACUACAAGAGUACGUUACUUCCUCGACUUGCUUAUUGAAAAAAAUAAAGCUGUUAUGCUAAUCGCACCAGCAGGAUGUGGAAAAUCUGUCCUUAUAGGGGACAAAAUGUCUUCUCUAUCAGAAAAAUUUGCAAUUACAAAUAUCUCUUUUAACUUUUACACAACAUCAGAAAUGCUACAAAAAGUCUUGGAAAAGCCUUUGGAAAAGAAAGCCGGUCGGAACUAUGGACCACCAGGAAACAAGACCAUGAUUUAUUUCAUCGACGAUAUGAACAUGCCAGAGGUCGAUAAAUAUGGAACCGUUCAGCCGCACACACUUAUAAGACAGCACAUGGACUAUCAACACUGGUAUGACAGGCAGAAACUAUCCUUAAAAGACAUACACAACAUCAUGUUUCUGAGCAGCAUGAACCCGACUGCAGGAAGUUUUACUAUAGAUCCUAGGCUUCAACGGCAUUUUUCAGUGUUUGCUUUGAGUUUUCCUGGGACUGAAAGUCUGACACACAUAUACUCAUCUUUACUGAACCAACAUAUAAAAAACAGCUUGAACAAAUUUUCACCUUCUGUCAUCACCAUAGCUGACACUGUAAUACAGCUGGCGUUGCACAUGCACUCAAGAAUGCAGCAGACGUUCCUUCCGACGGCGAUUAAAUUCCACUAUCUGUUCAACUUGAGAGACCUCAGCAAUAUUUUCCAAGCGAUCAUUCUGACAACACCCGAUUGCAUAUCCAACGCUGGGGAUUUAGUGAGGAUUUGGAUUCACGAGACGACAAGGGUUUACGGUGAUAAGCUCAUCGAUCUGAAAGAGCAAGACGUCUUUAACAAAAUGGUUUUGGAAACAAUUAAAAAAGUGUUCACACUUAAUUUGAUUGAGGAUUUACACGAGGGUGAUUACAUAAGCAACCCUCUUAUUUAUUGUCAUUUCGUCGACGGUAUCGGAGAUCCGAAGUAUCUCCAGAUGAAAAGCUGGAAGCGUCUCAAUUCGCUUCUUUCCGACGCUAUGGCCCAGUAUAAUGAUCUUGUUUCCAGCAUGAACCUUGUCCUUUUUGAAGACGCCAUGUCACAUGUCUGCAGGAUCAAUCGCGUCAUGGAAAUGCCCAGAGGGAACGCGCUUCUAGUCGGGGUCGGAGGAAGCGGCAAGCAGUCGCUCUCUCGCCUCUCCGCUUUCAUCUCUAGCCUCGACUCCUUUCAAAUACAGCUCAAGAAAGGCUAUUCUACAAACGACUUCAAAUGCGAUUUGGCUGGGAUUUACUCAAAAGCUGGAUUGAAAAACGUAGGGAUCAUGUUUUUAACAACAGACUCGCAAAUACCAGACGAGAGGUUUCUAGUUCUCAUCAACGAUAUGCUAUCCUCUGGAGAAAUCCCUGAACUUUUCGCUGACGAUGAAAUCGACAGUAUUGUCAAUUCCAUCGGGCCGGAAGCCAAAGGCUUCGGCUUGCAAGACACAAAAGACAACUGUUGGAAAUUCUUUAUAGACAGAGUGAGAAAAAAUAUAAAGACGAUUUUAUGCUUUUCUCCUGUUGGUUCUACCCUGAGAGUCAGAGCGAGGAAGUUCCCGGCUUUAGUUAACUGCACGACGAUCGACUGGUUCAUGGAAUGGCCUCAAAAAGCCCUUGAAAGCGUCUCGCAAAAGUUCCUGAGCGAACUUAACGUCCUAACUACAAAGCUUACCGAGCCUAUGUCGCUCCUGAUGGCCUUCAUUCACAUGUCGGUGAACAAAAUGUCGAAUUCUUUUUUACUAAAUGAACGUCGCUAUAACUACACGACGCCUAAGUCUUUCCUCGAGCUGAUCGGACUUUACUCGAAGCUGCUUAAAACCAAGAACCUCGAGGUUGUCACGAAGAUCAACAGGCUCCAGAGCGGUCUGCAAAAGCUCGUAAGCUGCGCUCAGCAAGUUGGAACGCUGAAAAUUCAACUUGCAGAACAAGAAGUCGUAGUGGCCGAGAAAAAUGCCAAAGCGGGCGAGCUGAUCGCUGUAGUCGAAGAGGAGACUGAGAAAGUUUCAAAAGAAAAAAAUAUAGCCAAGGAGGAAGAAAGAAAAUGCCAAAUAAUAGAAGAGGACGUCACCAUAAAGCAAAAGAUGUGCGAAGAGGAUUUAGAAAAAGCUCUUCCUGCUUUGGACGCAGCUCAGGCUGCUUUAAACACCCUGAACAAAACGAAUCUGACUGAAAUGAAGUCGUUUGGUACGCCGCCUGAAGCGGUUGCGAACGUCGCCGCAGCAGUUAUGGUCCUUCUGGCUAAAAAGGGAAAAAUUCCAAAAGAUAGAAGCUGGAGAGCAGCAAAAGCCAUGAUGGGUUCUGCAGACGCUUUUCUUCAUAAUUUAGUCAACUACAACAAAGAAAAUAUUCACCCGGAAAUAGUCAAAGCAAUUCAGCCAUACUUAGACGACCCAGAAUUCAACCCGGAGAACGUCAUUACAAAAUCCAGUGCAGCUGCUGGCUUAUGUGCUUGGGUUAUUAAUAUAAUGAAGUUUCACGAAGUCUGGAUGAUCGUUCUUCCGAAGAAAAAGGCGGAAGCGGCAGCACAAGCCGAACUUGCCCAGGCGAGGUCGAGGCUGUCGGAACUGACCGAGAAAAUAUCCAAACUGGAAGAACAGCUGGGCAUUCUGACGGCCAAAUUUGAAGCCGCCAUGGCAGAAAAGCUGGCGUGCCAAGCAGAAGAAGAAAAGACAACGCAGGCCAUCGACCUUGCUAACCGGCUCGUCAAUGGCCUCGCUUCGGAAAAUUCCAGAUGGAAGGAAACAGUGUCUGAGCUUUCUGCAAAAAUUACAACCCUGCCAGGGGAUAUCGUCCUAGUUACUGCUUUUAUAUCAUAUGUCGGGAGUUUUACAAGAAGUUACAGGGAGGAACUUGUUGAACAACAGUGGAAGCCUCAAUUAUCAAAAUACAAGCCUCAGAUUCCAUGCACUCCGGAUAUCGACCCGAUGACAAUGCUCACCGACGAUGCACAAAUAGCGUCUUGGAACAACGAAGGCCUUCCGAACGACCGGAUGUCAGCUGAAAACGCCACGAUUUUGACGAAUUCAGAAAGAUGGCCGCUCAUGAUCGACCCUCAGUUGCAGGGUAUAAAGUGGAUAAAGGUAAAGUACGGGGAUCGGCUCAAAGUGAUAAAACUCGGCCAGAAGCAUUAUCUGGACAAAAUAGAAAAAGCGGUCACAGAAGGAUCGACAUUAUUGAUAGAAAACAUUGGUGAGACUAUAGAUCCUGUUCUGGACAAUCUUUUAGGGAGGAACCUCAUCAGAAAGGGCAGGGUGUUGAAAAUAGGCGACAGAGAGAUAGACUAUUCGCCAAACUUUCGCUUGAUUCUCCACACGAAGUUAGCAAAUCCUCACUACCAGCCCGAGAUACAGGCUCAAACGACUUUAAUCAAUUUUACAGUCACGAAGGACGGCCUGGAGGAACAACUUCUUGCCGAGGUUGUCAAAGAAGAAAGGCCUGAUCUAGAAGCUACGAAGGGAACCCUGACAAAACAGCAGAACAACUUCAAAAUUCAGCUGAAGCAGCUUGAAGACGAGCUGCUCCAGAGGUUGUCAACCGCCGGGCCUGAUAUACUAUCGGACAAAGAGCUUGUAGAAAAGCUCGAGUCGACGAAAAAAACAGCAGAGAGCAUAGAGGUGAAGGUCAUCGAGGCAAAAGCAACUUCUGAAAAAAUCGACAAGGCGAGGGAGUUCUACAGACCCGUUGCGACCAGGGCAUCCCUGCUCUAUUUUAUCAUGAACGAUCUGAAUAAAAUCAACCCCCUCUAUCAAUUUUCACUUAAAGCUUUUAAUAUAGUUUUUCAAAAUGCAAUCAAAACGGCGGAACAGUCGGACGUCGUGAGCGAAAUGGUUGACAUAUUAAUUGAAAACAUCAGUUUCAAAGCUUUUAUGUAUACGACUCGAGGAUUGUUCGAAUGUGACAAGCUGAUUUUUAUGGCACAAAUGGCCAUCCAGAUUUUGCAGAGGAAGAAGGAAAUCACUCAAUCCGAACUCGACUAUCUCCUCAGGUUCCCUUACAUACCGAAUUUGGCGUCGCCAGUCGAUUUUCUCACCGGCACUUUGUGGGGCGGUAUAAAAGCUCUUUCGUUAAUGGACGAAUUCAGGAACCUUGACAAGGAUAUAACCAGUUCGGCUAAAAGGUGGAAGAAAUUCACGGAAGGCGAGUGCCCAGAAAGGGACAAGUUUCCCCAGGACUGGAAGAACAAAACGGCCUUCCAGCGCCUCUGCAUGAUGCGCUCCCUAAGACCGGACAGGAUGACUAACGCCAUGAGAUACUUCAUUGAGGAGAAACUUGGGCCGAAGUUCACAAACGCCAGGACCAUGGAUUUCGACCAAUCUUUCGAAGAGACCAGCUCAACGAUACCCGUCUUUUUCAUACUGUCGCCGGGAGUCGACCCGACACGAGAUGUCGAGAGGGUCGGGAAACGCCUCGGGUUCGCGACGGAAAAGAAAAACCUGUACAAUGUGUCCCUGGGACAGGGGCAGGAAUGCGUCGCUGAAGCCGCUAUAGACAGAGGGGCAAAACUGGGACAUUGGGUCAUUCUGCAGAAUAUCCAUUUAGUUGCGAACUGGCUUCCAACUUUGGACAAAAAAAUGGAAUCGGCACAUGAAAAUCCAAAUCCGAAUUUCAGGCUGUUCCUCAGCAGCGAGCCCGCUCCAGACCCGAGCGUGCACCACAUUCCACAGGGAGUGCUUGAAUCUUCGAUCAAAAUAACAAACGAACCUCCGACCGGAAUGAUGGCCAACUUGCACAAAGCACUUGACAACUUCACCCAGCAGACCCUCGAACUUUGCUCGAAAGAGACGGAGUUCAAAGCGAUCCUCUUUUCUCUCUGCUACUUCCAUUCCGUGGUCGCCGAGAGGAGAAAGUUCGGACCUCAGGGUUGGAACAAAAUUUAUCCGUUCAACGUCGGCGACCUGACGAUAAGCGUUCACGUGCUUUACAACUACUUGGAGAACAACAGCAGAGUCCCUUGGGAGGACUUGCGUUAUUUAUUCGGCGAGAUUAUGUACGGGGGGCAUGUGACUGACGACUGGGACAGGCGCCUCUGUCGCACCUACCUCCAAGAAUACAUGUGUCCACAAUUGCUGGAAGGAGAGUUAUACUACGCUCCGGGUUUCCAGGCACCGCCAAAUUCCGACCUACUUGGAUAUCACAGGUACGUUGAUCUAUGCUUGCCACCUGAGAGUCCCGUCUUGUACGGCCUCCACCCCAACGCUGAGAUCGGAUUUUUGACAACCCUUUCGGAAAAUCUGUUCAAAACGGUUUUAGAGCUACAGCCGAGAGAUUCGGGCUCUUCUUCAGGCAGCGGAGUCACCAGAGAAGAAAAGGUGAAAACCAUGGUCGACGACAUACUGGACAAAGUGCCUGAUGAGUUUAACGUCGGUGAGAUGAUGGUGAAGACCGAGGACAGGUCGCCUUACACCAUAGUCGCCUUCCAGGAGUGCGAGCGGAUGAACAUACUCAUGAAAGAAGUCAGGCGGUCUUUAAAAGAGCUAAGCCUCGGUUUAAAAGGAGAGUUGACAAUUACGAGUGAAAUGGAAGAGCUGGAGAGUUCGCUUUUUAUGGAUUCCAUCCCUGAAAGCUGGACUUCGAAAGCCUACCCGUCCUUGCUUGGUUUAAGCGCUUGGUUUUCGGAUUUACAAGUCAGACUAAAAGAGCUGGAAUGUUGGGUGGCCGAUUUUUCCCUUCCAUCGACAGUUUGGUUGGCGGGAUUCUUCAAUCCGCAGUCCUUCCUGACGGCCAUCAUGCAGAGCACUGCAAGAAAAAACGAAUGGCCUUUGGACAAAAUGUGCCUACAGUGCGAUGUCACCAAGAAACAAAAAGAAGAUUUCAACAACCCACCAAGAGAAGGAGCUUACGUCAACGGUUUGUUCCUUGAAGGCGCCCGGUGGGACGUGCAGGCUGGUGUCCUCACCGAGUCCAGGCUCAAGGAGAUGUUCCCGAUGAUGCCCGUCGUCCACAUCAGGGCUUUGACGGUCGACAAGCAGGAAAUUAGGACGACUUACGAAUGCCCUGUUUACAAGACGAGAACCAGAGGGUCGACCUACGUCUGGACCUUCAACCUGAAGACCAAAGAGAAACCUUCCAAAUGGAUCCUCGCUGGUGUCGGCAUUCUGCUGUGCGUAUAAAGGCAACUUGCUGAGGCUGUAGUUAAGUGCAACGUUUAUAAAAUUACAUUAGUCAUGUGGGCAGAAAGAUUUUGAUAUAUUUUCAAUUUUAUUUUC